AUGGAGACCAAAUCGACGACGAAGGCAGUUCGGGUGGUGGCUAGGGUGAGGCCAUCGACGGAUCCGGCUGUAGAAGCGUCAUCGAGAUCAAUUUCAGUUCACAAGCCCAACGGAGAUGAAUCGCAGACAGUUUCGAUUUCAUUCGGAGCUCAAUUCGCUGGUUCGAAAGACUCAUAUAAAUUGGACUACUGCUAUGAAGAAAACGAAACCACUGGUUUAAUUCUCACAAAGGAGAUAAAACCUCUUAUCUCUACCGUCUUUGAGGGUAAGGAUACUAAUGUGAUUGCACUGGGAGCAAGAUGUAGUGGAAAAACACAUCUAAUCCAGGGAUCGGAGAGGGAACAUGGAUUAGCCGUCUUAACAAUGGCUGAGAUCUUAUCCAUGGCUGAAGAAAGAGGAGACUCAGUUUUGGUAUCGAUUUAUGAGGUUUCUCAAGAAACUGUUUAUGAUAUCUUAGGGCAAGAAAAACGAGUUGUUUCUGUGCUUGAAGGUGCACAAGGGAAAAUCCAACUCAAGGGACUUUCCAAGGUACCCGUGAAGUCACUUUCAGAAUUCCAGAACAUAUAUUUUGGUCUCAAGAAAUUCCAGAAGCUGACCAGUGACCCUCCUCAAAAGAGCCAUAGAGGUGUGAUGAUACAUGUUACAACGGGAAAUGUCGAUUCACGUUCUCUUGGGAGGAUGAACUUUCUUGAUAUGGCAGGAUAUGAGGACUCCAGGAAACAAAACAGUGAUGUAGCUCCUCUAGAGAUUACCAGAAUAAACAAGUCCAUAUAUGCAUUACAGAAUGUCAUGUAUGCUCUCAACGCUAAUGAAUCUCACGUGCCAUAUCGGGAGAGCAAACUCACCCGCAUGCUGAAAGAUUGUUUCAGAGGAUGCAAUAAAACAUUGCUGAUCACUUGUUUGCCCCGGGAAUAUAGCCAAGACUCAUUUUACAUGCUAAACUUAGCAUCACGGAUUUGUCUAGGCGGUAACCGAGCCAUGGCUAAUACUACUAAGAAGAACAACGGUCUUGCAAGAUCUAUUUCAUCAUCCUCUGCCGCUCAAGGGAGACCGACACCUUUAGCUGUGUCUGCUAAUCCUAAAAAACAGACAGGGUUAAGGGAAAAUGUGACAGAGAAAAAGACUAAAAUCAUCACUGCUACUUCUGCAAUCAAAGGAAGGAAACUGUUCGGUGAAGCAAAUGUUUCUGUGAAAUCUAAAGUUAACUCUAAGAAGAUUGAAGGCAAACCAAAGACUGAAGGCAAACCAAAGAUUGAAGGCAAACCAAAGACUGAAGGCAAAGCAAAGAUUGAAGGCAAAGCAAAGACGGCACUGAAAAAGAAAAUCUCCACUACAAAGGCUGUCUUGAACGUUCAUACCUCCUCAUCUGAAGAGGAGGUCUGUUCGUCGUUUAUUGUUACAGAAUCUCAAUCGUUUAUCGUUACAGACUCUCAAUGUUCUGUAGUAGAAGAGGAAAAAUCUACAGUGGCUUUCUCAAGCACUGCAGUAGCCGUGGAACCGGUAACAGACUCUCAAUCUUCUGUGGUAGAAGAGGAAAGUUCUGCACUGGCUUUCUCAAGCACUGCAGUAGCCGUGGAACCGGUAACUUAUGGUGAGGAAAUAUUUCCAGGAGCCAAUUCUUGCCAUGAUGCUUCUGCAGACAGAGCCGAAAUAGUGGAGAAAGACGACAUCAGUUCAGUCACUGUUGAAGAUUCGACUCUGGUUAAUGAAGGUGAAAACUUGGUCAAAGCAAACAACAGUUUGCUGUUCAAUGAAACCGCAUCACCACCACUCAGCCUGCGGCUUCAAGAACUAUCCAACACAUUGAAGUCGAUAUGCAAACCCUCAACCCAAUUUUCGGCGCCUGAGAAGUAUCAAACUUCCCUAUCUAAAUUACACAUGGAAGAAGUAUCAGAGCUUAGCGGCAUUACUUCUGAAGCUGUUCACAGUGUAGAGCUCAAAACACCGGAGAAAAGCAUGCCUUCAAACAUUGCUUGUAGUCCAUGGAAGACAUUCAGUGCACACAGCACUAAACUGAAGAAGUCUGCUGUUGGAGAGUACCUCAAGUUCUUAAACACAGCAGAGAAGGAAGAUCUAAAGAAGCUGAAGGGUAUUGGAGAAAAGAGAGCGACUUACAUAGUUGAGCUCCGCGAAGAAUCUCCUGAACCAUUCAAGACACUUGAUGAUUUGAAAGACAUCGGUCUCUCCGCUAAACAGAUUAAAGGAUUGCUGAAGAAAGAGAUGGGAGAUAUUUUCUAG